AUGGCUCGCCUUCUACAAUCCUUCCGUCGCAUCUUAGGGAUCGCUACAAGCUCUGCGGCGCCGACUACUUCGACCCGUUCGUCCUUUCCCCGAUCAAUCGAUACAGACUUUUCUGUCUUUCGCGAAGGCGACAGGGCGAUCAUUCAGGGCCGGAUCCCACACAUCACGAAACCGUUGAAACAUGGCAAUCGCACCGAAGUAGCUCGAGGAUAUCUCAAUCACAGCGAUGUCAUAGGUAGUCGAGUCUGGAAUCCUAUCCAAGCACAAAAGGGCAAGGAAUAUCGGCUUAGCUUACCUACAUUGGAAGAAUACGUCGUCUAUACACCCCGACUAGUCACACCGAUCUAUGGAGCAGACGCCAAUUUGAUUGUAUCGUUGCUUGAUAUCCACGCCGUGCCCCCCGCCGAAGGCACCGGAGACCAACCACCUAGACUCGAAAUUCUCGAAGCAGGUACCGGCCAUGGCUCUCUCMCCCUCCACCUGGCACGAGCAAUUCAAGCCGCGAAUCCCAAUCCCCCCUCUCUACCGCAGAAAUCGCAGGUUCGCAUACUCGAAGAGCGAACAAUGAGUCCGUAUGAGGAACACGCAGGAGAAAAGCGCACAGAAGAAGACAUUGCUGGAGAUCGGAAAAAUACUACCAUCCAAAAGGACUGGGACGAAUGGCGCGCCCAGCGAAGAGCCGUCAUCCAUACCGUCGACGUCUCGCCCAAAUUCUCGACACAUGCAGAGCAAGUCGUCCGCGGUUUCCGACGAGGCAUCUAUGCUGGAAACGUAGAUUUCCACGUCGGCGCGGUUGAGGAUUGGAUCAAAGAUCAAUUACAGCGUCGCCGCAGCAGUAGUUCGAAGGGAUUAUUCAGCAACCCCGGGAGUGCGACUGAGCCUUUCUUGUCGUAUGCCAUACUCGACAUGCCAUCUGCGCACCAACGGAUACCGCAUGUGGUACCUGCCCUAAAAGGGGAUGGCCUGCUUGUCGUGUUCAUGCCGAGUAUUACCCAGAUUGGAGACUGUGUGCAACUCAUUCAGAAAGAGAAACUGCCGUUCGUUAUGGAGAGAGUUGUCGAAUUGGGGAUGGGCAUUAGCGGUGGUCGACUAUGGGAUGUUCGCAUGGCUGUCAAGAAGAGUCGUGCGGAUCCAUCGUCAUGGGCGAAAGAAAGUCGUGAUGAAGCCGAACAAAGCACAACGGAGGAGACAGACAUCACUGAGUCGGUCAGCACUUCCACAGCUUCUGAGCAGGAAAGUACUCAGGAUAAUGUGCUCGUGUGCAGACCUAAGGUUGGGUCCAAGAUUGUCGGAGGUGGCUUUGUCGGGAUAUGGCGAAGAAUCGAAGAUUCGCCGAAAAAGAAAUUAUGA